UUGGAAGGAAGGAAGGAAGUGGGAUAAUUGUUGAUCCCUGUCGAGACCCAUCGCCACUCUCCCUCUCUCUCCUUCACCGAGAAUCAAAUCCAUAUCGGAUCGAAAUCGGCCGGGUCGGUUUACAGCACCACCACAUCACUCUUAUCUCUAAACACCUCUAACACCAUUCGAUUAACGAUAAAGACGAGAUGUCUUCCUCUCGCGUCGGAUUUCGCUUCUUCGCAAACUCGCGCACCGCGUUCAAGAAUAUCCGCCAGAAUGGCAGCAAAGGGUUCCGGUUCCAGAGUUCCGAAGCCACGGCCGCGGGCGCCGAGCAGACAACCUUUCAGAAAUUGUGGAACAGCCCUGUUGGCGUGAAGACUGUUCAUUUCUGGGCCCCCGUCAUGAAGUGGAGUCUCGUCAUCGCUGGAAUCUCUGAUAUGACACGUCCCGCCGAGAAGCUUUCCCUGACGCAAAACCUCGCAUUGACGGCUACCGGUGCGAUUUGGACUCGGUGGUGCUUCAUCAUCAAGCCGCGCAACGUUCUUCUCGCCACGGUCAACUUCUUCCUCGGAUGCACUGGUCUCGUGCAAGUCACAAGAAUAUUGCUCUGGCGUCGCAGCCAGGAAGGCGGUUCGACUGCCGCCGCCGCAAAGCAUUUAGCUGAGGAGACUACGGAGAGUGCGAAGAGUGUUGCUGAGUCUGUGGAAAAUAAGGUUAAGUCUCAGUAGAUUUCUUAGUUCGGGUGAUUGAAAGACGGAGAUUAUUUUAGUAAUUUACUUAGGCAUUGUCUCAAUACAUGAUUUUCUUUUGUCCUUUUGUCUCUUUGGAUUGGAAGAGGAAAGAAAUUUAGAGGGCCAAUUCUUCUGAUACAACGGAUGUCAUGAAGCGGCUAGAAUGAUUCUUGAUUAAUUCAACGUUUGAAUAAUGAUGGCUGCGUGAUGGCUCUAGUGUAGGUUUACCUAGGGUCAAGGAUGAUGGAUAUGUAAUUAAACUACAUACAUUAAGCUAUGUUGAACUAUCAUG